UCAAAACAACAAAUUCUGCACUUUCUGUUUGUAGAGUAGGACAUAAGUAAUAAACUUAAGGAAAUAGAACAGAGGAUGGCAGAAACAGUUGAAGAAAACAAAGUAAAGAUUGAAAUACCUCAGGGUUUGAAGCAUGCAGCUAAAAUAAAGUACUUCAAUCCAAAAUUAGCUAUGCUAAGAGAGGCUGUGCUUGCGACUGUACAAAUAGAGGCAGAUAAAUUAGUUAAACCUCUGCAGUGUCUAGAUGCUUUCUCAGGAUCUGGUCUGACAGGGCUUCAGUGGAAAUUACAUUUAGGGAACAAAGUGCAUGUAGUUUUAUCAGAGGGUACGCACAUUAAAGAGUCAUGUGAACUGAAUGAAAUGAAGCAUUCUGAUUGGUUACUGGAUGCAACAAGAACUACGGGGGAGUGGCCAAGUGCUGAACAAAGUGAACAGGAAGUUAAUGUUUGUCCCUUUAAAGCAAGCAUAGUGUUACAUGAAGAGGCAUUUAAUUUUGUGUUCCUUCAGAGAUUAUUCAACAAUAUAGCUCAGUAUACGGACUCGGUAUUUUCAAACCUUCGACAAAAUGGUGUUGCUUGUUUCUUGACUCCGAACAUUUCAAGUGCGUGUUUCCGUUCUCCCCAGAUCAUUCAAAGGUUAUACGGUGCACAUACGCAGAAAACUGAGUAUAUUGAUGAAUUGGCUGUCAGAGUGUUCAUAGCAGAUCUUGCAAAAGCAGCAGCCAGGUACCAGAAGGGCAUUACAGUGUUGUAUACCAUUAGUGACGAGGACCAUUUCCUGGUGGUUGUCAGGGUAACAAAAAACAACCAGUCAUCAAUCUCAUGUGUAGAGAACUGUCGACCUUUCCUCCAUUGUCUGAUGUGUGAAGAGAGAGUGGUCUUUCCUCAGACAAAUUCACCAAUAGAAAAUCCAUACUCACUUUUACCAUGUGAAUGCAAGACAAAACAUCCUGGGAAAACUGCAGUCAUACUUGGCCCACUCUGGGUUGGAGAAAUAUUUAGUAUUUCUUUCAUUGAGCAAUUAUUAAUAUGCACUCAAGAUAAAAGCACAGACGUUUGUUUAAAACUAAGAACUCUUUUAAAAUCCCUCCUAGAAGAGGCAAGAUGUCCUAGUGAAAAUGGAAAUUCUGUCAGUUUAACACAAGUGAAAGAAGAGAGUAAUAAAGGAGGCACUGUGGACCAUUCUGAACCAGUUCUUAAAAAGCCAAAGUUAGAGAAUGGAGGACAAAGUGAAAAUGAAACACAGGAAAGUGUGACAAUGUCAGAAAAGGUGUCUGAAUCACAAUGUAAACAUUCAGAAAUUAAAACAGAAGAAAACUGUACUGAAAAGAACCAUGCCAUGCCUUUAUUCUACUACAAUAUACAGAAUAAAAAAUACAAAAGUUUACCGAAGAUAUCCACAUUGGAGAAUUACAACUGUGUAAUCUGUGGCAAGACAUUUGCAACAGAUAAAACAUUAAAAGUGCACAUCCAAAGUCACCAAGGGAACAAGAUUCAUGUCUGUGCAAUAUGUGGUAAAGGAUUUACGAGGAAGGAUGUCUACAACCAUCAUGUAAAAGCACAUGACACCGAAAGCCCAUCAUAUAUGUGCCAAGUCUGCGGAAAGUUUUACACAAGAAAAUCUUGUUUAGAUAGACACUCGAUCUCACACCAGCCAGAGAAAAUGCCUGAAUGUAGUAUAUGUAAAAAAACAUUCACGACAAAAUCCUCCCUCAGUAAACAUUUCAGGACACAUGAAGAAAAAAAAGAGUGCCCAACAUGCAAAAAAAUGUUUAUUCAUUUAGGAGACCACAUGAAACAGUGUGGAAAAGACCCAACAUUCUAUCAGUGUGAAAACUGUGGAGAGAUAUUCCGGCAAAAGCGUUAUCUAAGACAGCAUACUCGAUGCGUUCAUAAUAACCCAAAACAGUACGUGUGUCAAGCAUGUGGAAAGAGGUUUAAUUACAGGGCAUCUUUGUAUCACCACAAGAAAAAUUGCACGUGACAUUUUGUUUGGGUAUUAUUUU